AUGAAUCGAAAUAUACCGACUGGGAAUAAAAUCUGUGCCACAAAGGAAAUAUUUUAAAACUAGGUAAUAUUGAAUCAGCAUCUCUUAACUAUGCGACCAUAGAUUAACACAAGUGCACCAAAAUAAUACGACUUUCUUAAGAAUAAGAAAAUUAAGGAGGCUAUCAAAUCAUAAAAACAAUAGGAAAUAGAAAGGGAAAAUUAAAAUCUCGUUUCCAAAAUAAACAAUAUAGUCAAGCAAUCAUAGAAUAACUCUAUAUCUACUCUUCCAAUCAACAAAUCUAGUACAUUGAAUUUCGUUCCCCAAAAGUCUCUGAAUAAAGAUCAUAGGAAAAAGGAAUUGGUUAAGAUUGUUAUGGAAAAUUAACAAUUAUUGAAGAGAAUAUAAGACCAAAAGUCUCAGUACAACGUUAAAGAUUGGAAUGAAGAAAGAAAAUGGGUUGAACAACACAUUGCCAAUAUAUCAGAAUACCCUUAUAAGAAUUUCAAACCUACUAAAACUUUAGUUCAAUAUUGGACCAACUCAAGGAUUAGUGAAUCACAAUUAUAGAAGAGAGAAAAUUGUAUCAGCAAAAGGUUGGAUCCUCUGGGUGAAAGCAAAAGUCAAUAAACAAAAAAAAGAACAAGAUAAGACAAUAAUAUAGAAUCUAGAUAACUGUUAUUUCAUUAAGACUUUUAAUAUAGGUAGAGCUUAUUUGAAUCUGAUUUUUAAGCUUAUGAACCAUAUGAAGAUAAAGUUACCAAAAUCGUUAACGAAAUGAUUGAAAAGCCCUAGCAUUCCUAAGAAAAAGUAUAAAAUAAAGAGCAAACCAACGAAUAAUAAGAAAAAUCUCUUUAAGAAUAAGAUCAAUAGAUCUAGUCGGAAAAUUUUGAAUCUAAUUAGCAAAAGAAUGAAUAAGUGGAAAAUAAAUAAUAAGAACAACUAAAUUAAGAGACAAUUAAUAAGGAUCACAGUCAAAAUAUACAAUAAAAUUCUCAAAGAAAAUCAAUUGAUGAUACAAAUUAAUAAGAAAAUCAACCUCUCAAUUAAAUCCAUUAAAAUAAUCAAGAAAUUUAAACAAUAGAUUUUGAACAAUAAAAUGAUGAAAGAAAAGAUUAAUAGGAUGUCUAAGAAAUUCAAGAAUGA